AUGCGACCUCAAACUUCGCUCUCCUACCUCCUCUCGGCCUUCGCGGCCAUUUCAUUAUCACCUCUCGCCCUCGCGGAAAACAUCAUCGAGUCAAACUCGCUGAAUUCUUGCAAGAGCGGCUCCAACUUCACGGCAACCCUGUUCAACGUUGCUUACACCCCGUCCAACAGCAGUAUCAGCCUCAACAUUAAUGGUGUCUCGUCCAUUGUAGGAAAUGUUACGGCGCAGUUGGAAGUGAUUGCUUAUGGAUUUACCAUCGUCAACGAGACUCUCGACCCGUGCUCCAUGAAUCUGGCGGGCUUCUGUCCCAUGCAAACAGGUCAAAUCGAUAUCGAGACCAACAUCGAUGUUCCCAAGGAUGUUUCUAAACAAGUUCCGGGAAUCGCAUACAGCGUGCCAGAUCUGGACGGUGUGGUUCGUGUUUAUGUCACCUCCCUCGACACGGGUGCGGUGAUUGCUUGUAUGGAAGCCGAUCUCUCCAACACCAAAAGCGUGUACCAUCCAGCUGUGGGCUGGGCCACGGCCGUUAUUGCCGGUCUGGGGCUUGUUGCUGCCGGUCUCACGUCGGGUCUCGGGCAUCCCAACACAGCUGCUCAUGUUGCUGCGAACGCGAUAUCACUCUUUGGUUUCUUUCAGGCACAAGCCGUCAUUGGGAUGACUUCGGUCACAAUGCCUCCGAUAGUGCAAUCUUGGACACAAAACUUCCAGUGGAGUAUGGGUAUUAUUCGGGUAGGAUUUCUUCAGUCGAUUGCAACGUGGUAUCAGCGUGCGACCGGCGGAACCCCGACUACCUACCUUUCCACCCUCAGCACAUUUUCGGUCCAAGUGCAGAAACGCGCUAUCAAACGGUCGCUGGAUGUCAUCACCACUUUCGCAGCCCAGAACAUGCGCUACUUGGCCAAACGCCAAAGCUCCGCAACCACCACUACCGUGGCGAACGUCAAAGUCGUUCGUGGAAUCGAUAGAGUCGGUUUUAGGGCUGGAAUCGAACAGACCAACAUCUUCAUGACCGGUCUGAUAUUUUUCGUCUUCAUCCUAUUCUUAGUUGCAGUCUUGGUCGCCCUUACCAAGGCCAUUCUUGACGGCUGUGCCAAGGCCGGUUGGAUGAAGACUGAUAAAUUCCUCGAGUUCCGAAAUGGCUGGAAAAUUGUCAUCAAGGGUAUUCUUUUCCGAUUGGUUCUACUCGGUUUCGUGCAGAUGUCUGUUCUCUGCUUGUGGGAAUUGGUCGAACGAGAUUCGGCGGCUGAGGUUGUGUUGGCUUUGGUCGUUUUCAUCUCCAUGGCAGUCGCCUUGGGGUGGGCGUCUUUCAAGGUCAUUCAACUGGCGAAGAAGUCGGUCGCCAUGCACAAGAACCCAGCCUACAUCCUCUAUUCUGACCCCGAGUGCCUCAACAAGUGGGGAUUUCUCUACGUGCAGUAUCGCGCCACUGCAUACUACUUUGUGGUGCCCCUUUUGGGCUACAUUCUGAUCAAGGCCAUCUUCAUCGCGUUUGCGCAGAAAUCACCUGUGGCUCAAGCCGUGGGUUUGGUUAUUGUCGAGGCCGUGGCACUCAUCGCCAUCAGCGUCCUUCGGCCAUUUAUGGACAAGAAAACUAACAUCUUCAACAUCUCCAUUGCUGCGGUCAACUUCCUCAACGCUAUCUUCCUCCUCGUCUUUUCGAACGCAUUCGGACAGCCCGAGAUGGUUUCGGGCGUCAUGGGCGUUAUCUUUGCCUUCUACAACGUGGUAUUUGCGGCUGUGCUGUUGAUCCUGGUGCUUAUUGCCUCGAUCUAUGCUAUUGCAUCCAAGAACCCCGAAGUCAGAUAUCAGCCGAUGCGUGACGAUCGAGGAAGCUUCAUCAAGUCUCAAGCCGCGCUGACGACCGAGUUGGACGCGCUUGGAGCCACGGCCAGAGGAGAUGGGCAGACAACAUAUAAUAACGACAAAGGUUACGAUGAUGAUGCUUCCUUCUCGAGCGAAUCGCUGAAGCAUCAAUCUGAGGUGACACAACGACCUAUGUCUCAAAAUCAUGCUGCCCAACCCCAGCAAGACUUCAACACGCCAAUGUAUCCCAGCGACCAGCCAGGACGACGUGGUCCCCCACAGUCGUAUGAACAGCGACAAAUGUACAACCAAGGUUACAACGCGGGUGGUGACUACGGGUACGGUGGGAGACCAAACACAACCUCCUCGCAGCCGUCGUACGAUCGAAGCGUGAGCAGUGUUGCCAGUGGUGGCUACGGGGCACCUCCUCGUUCCGCGCAAGGCGGAUAUCCUCCACAGCAAGGGUUCCGACAGCAAAACAAUGCCAGUCCCUGGCAAAGAGGAGCUGGCUACGAGUGA